AUGGCAACCCAAGGCCCGACCACAGACUCGUCACCGCCACAAUCGCCACCACCGACGAACCCAACAGAGCCCUACCCACCAUUCCUCGACGUGAAACCACCGGCCGACGCACCGAUCAGCUCGGCCAACGGCACACUAAUCUCACCGUCGGAGAAGGAAAAGGAACUGGCCGCGGAGGGCAAAUCCUCGACGACGCCGGAACCCGAGGAGCACAUCCAUCUGGAGUUCCCAGCGAGACUGCCGACACCGCCAUUCAUCCACGUGCACGGGGUGCCCAACUUCCGCGACCUGGGCGGGUAUCGCUGCAGCCCACCGCCUUCCUCGUCGUCGUCAUCGUCAUCGUCGUCCAACGAUGAUGCCGGCAAGAUCUACACGCUCCGCCGCGGGAUCCUGUUCCGGUGCGCGCACCCGACGCACCUGACGCCACAGGGCCUGGAAACCGUGACGUCCCAGCUCAAGAUCAGCAGGAUGUACGAUCUGCGCUCGGGGCCCGAGAUCGCGCGUCUGGCCACGACGGUCGCCAAUAGCCCCGCGGCCGAGAACCUGUAUCCGCUGGCGGACCCGAACACGGGCACGAUCGAAUCCUCCGCGGCGCCGGGCUUGGAGAGAGUUUUCGUCCCCGUCUACCAGAGCGAGGACUACGGGCCCGUCGCGCUCGCGCGCAAACUGCAGUGGUACACGGACGAACACCGGCAUGAUGAGGCGAGCGGGUUCGCGUACUCGACCGGCUUUGUCAAUGCGUAUCGCGACAUCGCGACGCAUGGCGCCGACGCGUAUCGGGUCAUCUUUCGGAGAUUGUUGGAUGUUGCUGCGCGGGGUGGAGAUGGGGCAGAUGGGGCAACGGCGGCGGCUGUUGAUGGUCCCGGGUUGAUCUUCCACUGUACGGCUGGAAAGGACCGGACGGGUGUGUUUGGUGCGUUGAUCCAUCGGCUUGUCGGCGUCGACGACGACACUAUUUGUUGGGAGUACGCGCUUACCGAGCCUGGAUUGGGACGUUGGCGCGAUCAAUUCAUCAAGCGGAUCUCUGCCGGUGGCUUGGGCGGUGGGGGUGGCAAGCCAUCUGCGUUGGGGACGGAGAAGAAGAAAGAUGCUGGCGAACCCGCCGAGAAGAUCUACCAGGGGGAUCGCAAGACACCGCUGUCCAGGGCUGAGGCGGCGAGGAUCUGUGGUAGUCGUGCUGGGAAUAUGCGUGCUUGGUUGACUCAGGUUCUUGAUGGGGAGUUUGGUGGGGUGGAGAAGUAUUUGAAAGAGAAGUGUGGCUUGUCAGGUGAGGAAGUGAAGCGAUUGAGGGAGUUUUUGACUGUCGAGGUCAAUGGGGAGGAUGAGGUUAUCGCAAAGAGUGCGAUUGAGGGGUGGACACCGGAGGGUGGUGUGGUUGAUUGA